AUGGCCGCCGCCCGCCGCAGGGGCCGCCCGGGCUCCGGCGGCUCGGACGCGGAUGAGGCGGACGGCGCGGGGGCGGCCGCGGCCCCGGCCCCGCGGCCCCGGCCGCGCCAGCAGAUCAUCCACAGCGGCCACUUCAUGGUGUCGUCGCCGCACCGCGAGCACCCGCCCAAGCGCGGCUACGACUUCGACACGGUCGACCGCCAGACCUGCCAGACCUACCGCUUCGGCGGCGCCCGCGCGCGCCACCUCGCCAUCGACGCCUCGCUCACGCGCCUCUUCGAGUGCAUGACGCUCGCCUACAGCGGGAAGUUGGUGUCUCCAAAAUGGAAGAAUUUCAAGGGCCUGAAGCUGCAGUGGCGAGACAAGAUCCGGCUCAACAACGCCAUCUGGCGGGCGUGGUACAUGCAGUAUCUGGAGAAGCGCAAGAACCCCGUGUGUCACUUUGUCACCCCCCUCGAUGGCUCUGUGGAUGUGGACGAGCACCGGCGGCCAGAGGCUAUCACCACGGAAGGGAAGUACUGGCGGAGCCGGAUUGAGGUCGUCAUCAGGGAAUAUCACAAGUGGAGGACCUACUUCAAGAAAAGGCUGCAGCAGCACAAGGAUGAGGAUCUUUCCAGCCUGGCCCAGGACGAUGACAUGCUCUGCUGGCCCAAGCACAGGGAGGGCUGGAAGACCCCGGUGCCCAUGGAGGAGGACCCGCUGCUGGACACGGACAUGCUCAUGUCGGAGUUCAGCGACACCCUCUUCUCCACGCUCGCCUCGCACCAGCCCGUGGCCUGGCCCAACCCUCGGGAGAUUGCUCACCUGGGCAACGCGGACAUGAUCCAGCCGGGCCUCAUCCCUCUGCAGCCUAACCUGGACUUCAUGGACACCUUCGAGCCUUUUCAGGACCUCUUCUCAUCAAGCCGCUCCAUUUUCGGCCCCGUGCUGCCCACAUCUGCACCCACACCUGCGCCGGAUCCCAACAGGCCCCCCGAGCAGGAGAGCCUCCUCCCGGCCGUGGGCCUCCCCGAUGGUCUCAUCACGACCCCUGCCAACGCCUCGUUGGACUCCCCAGAGCCGCAGGGCUGUGGGCAUACCCCCCAGCCUGAGGAGCCCUUUCUCCAGGCCCCAGACUUCGGCCCCACUGCACCGCCCCUGAGCACUCCCCCGUCCUUCAUGCCCACCUUCUCCCUGCCCCUGCUGUCGCCCAGCCCCGGCCCCGCCGUGCCCCCCUCCGUCAUCACCCACACGGCCUCGGCCACGCUCGCCCACGACGCCUCAGCUGCCACCUUCAGCCAGAGCCCGGGCCUGGUCAUUGCUGCGCAUCAGGCCCCGACUCCCUGCCGCCUGGCACUGCCCCCAGGCACUCGGCCACCCCCCACCGGCCCGCCCCAGCCCCCAUUGACCUUUGUGCACCCCAAGCCCGUAUCCGUAACGGGGGGGAGGCCCAAACAGCCUCCCAAGAUAGUGCCUGCUCCCAAACCAGAGUCCGUGUCUUUGGUCUUGAAGAACGCCUGCAUCGCCCCAGCUUUCUCAGGACACCCCCAGGCGGUGAUCAUGACCUCAGGCCCGCUGAAGAGAGAGGCUGUGCUCACUGCACCCGGGUCCCAGCCCAGCGUCGUUCUCACGCCCGCCACCCUCGCCAGAGCCCCUGGAGUCCCGGAAUUCCACAGCGGCAUACUGGUGACGGAGCUCGGCCCCAGCACUGGUAGCCCCCGGCUCUUUUCGCCAGGCACUGGCACUGUGCCCGACCCCCUGGUCAAGGGCGAGCAGACCCCUGCGGUGGGCCCCAGCCGUGACUGUACCGGGCCUGGACAGGCCUCGCCCUGCACUGCUGAGCAGAGCCCGGGCCCUCAGUCUCCCCAGAACAGCUGUGCAGGAAAGCCCUCGGACCCUAAACAUUCAGCUGCGCUGAAGAACCGGCAGAUGAAGCACAUUUCUGCUGAGCAGAAAAGACGCUUCAACAUCAAGAUGGCCUUCGACACCCUCAACAGCCUCAUGUCCAAUAACGCAAAGCUGACCAGCAACCCCAUCACGCUGCAGAAGACGGUGGAGCAUAUCACCAAGCUACAGCAGGAGCGCAGCCAGCUGCAGGAGGAAGCCCGGCGACUGCGGGAAGAGAUCGAGGAGCUCAACGCCACCAUCCACUCCUGCCAGAAGCAGCUCCCGGCCACCGGUGUUCCCGUCACAUGGCGCCAGUUCGAUCACAUGAAGGACAUGUUUGAUGAGUAUGUGAAAAGCCGGACCCUGCAGAACUGGAAGUUCUGGAUCUUCAGCGUCAUCAUUCAGCCACUCUUUGAGUCGUUCCGGGGCACCGUGUCAGGCAGCAACCUGGAAGAGCUGCACCGCUCAGCACUGUGCUGGCUGGAACAGUGCUGCUCACUGCCCGUCCUCAGGCCCACGGUGCUGAAGAGCCUCCGGCAGCUGAGUAUCACCACGUCCAUCCUGACAGAGCCCGCGCUGCUGCCCGAGCAGGCGGCAGAGGCCAUCGCCAGGAUUGGCAGGGAGCCGGGCGGGUCAUAGCCACUAGCCCUCAGAGUGCCCCACACCUCGGGGAGUACCCCCGUUUCCUGCCGGCCACUCCCGCCCCCAUGCGCAGCCCUGCCCUGGAGUG